AUGUCCUCCAAGCCCCCAAGCCGUCCCCCUACUGCUCUCACCGCCCGCCCUCCGACGCAUCCAUCCAGCAACCAGUUCCUUGCCCCUCCCAAGCGCCACGGCUCUGUCGUCUCCAGGUCUCACUCGGCUCGCCCCCAGACUGCCUACUCCAGCCGCCAGUCGGCGACUUCCGCUCGUCCCAGUACCACUGGAUCAAUUGUUGGCGAUGGUGGAGAGUACAUCGUUGCCGCUCUUCAGAACAAGGGCACCGGCGUCGAAGUUGGUCUUGCGGCAAUCAACAUCGACACUGGACGGAUGACCAUCACUCAGGUUGCCGAUAGCUCCUCGUUCAACAAGACCCUGUACUACCUGUCUCUUUACCGCCCAAAGACGGUUCUUGUCACAGACACUCAGGUUACCAGAGUGUCCAUGGGAGCUCGCAAGACAGACUCCAAGAUGGUUGAAAAGAUCGAGAAAGAGUUUCAGCUCAAGUGCGAGGCUGUGGCGCGCUCGCAUUGGAGCGCUGACAACGGCCUUGACCUCAUCAAGCAGUUCGGCAUCGAGGAUGACACCAAGGCUUCUGUCUUGAUGGUCGCUGCGGACCGCUAUUACGCGCUCUGUGCUGCAUCCGCCCUUCUGACAUACGCUUGCGUCCAGCACGGUGCAAACCUCAGUGACAAUUCGGUCAUUAUCAAGUACGAGACCAUGAGGGGCCACAUGUUUAUCGACCCGGAGAGCGCCCGUAACCUCGAGCUCGUUCAAAACAACAUCACGAUGAAGAACACAAACACACUGUUCUCGACUCUGAACGCGUGCACCACGCCAAUGGGUAUUCGCCUCCUUCGUUCCUCAAUACUUCAGCCUAGUAACCAGAAGCCAAUCAUCGAGAACCGCCUUGAUGCUGUUGAAGAACUUGUCAACUCGUCGGAGAAGCUCGGUGGAAUUCGCAAGAGCCUCAAGCCUGUCGAGGGAGUAGACUUUGAUAAACUUAUUACCAGCAUCUCCCAAAACCAGAGGGUCAACCACAGUGACCCAGUUCAGACGGAAACAAGGAUUGCACUCCUCCUCCAACUCCGCAAAGUUGUCACCAGUGUGCCGGAGCUCGCCAGAGUUCUCAGGCAGAGUAAAUCUACACUUCUCAAAAUCGGAUGCAGGAUGCUUUCAGACCCCCAAGUCCAGGACAUUGCCACGUUGAUUGACCAACGCAUCAAUGACGAAGCCUCGCUCGGCACUGGCAAGGGUACCAAGCGGCAGAUGUCCAAGAACUCCAAGCUGUACGCAGUCAAAAGCAACUUCAAUCAACUUCUCGAUGUUGCCCGUGCGACACAUGCUGAGAAUGUGGCUGAUAUUAUGGAAAUGACCAAAGUCUACCAAGAUGAGUACGGUAUCACCACACAGCUUGAGUGGAGCGAGCAAGGAUAUCGCUUCCACUGCCUUCCAGAUGAUCUGGUGGACAUUGAGAUGCCCAAAGUCUUCAUCCACUUUGAGAAGAGCAAGAAGGCUAUCCGUUUUACCAGCCACGAGCUCUUGAAGCGUAACCAGCGCAUGCUUCAGACCCAGCAAGAAGUCUUUCUGAUGAGCGAGGACAUUGUGGCGGAGCUCAUCGAGGAAGUGGUUGACAAGAUUGGUUGCCUCUACGCGUGCUCGGAAGCAAUUGCUCUGCUCGACGUUCUCAGCGGAUUCGCAGACAUUUCCAGCUUCCGCCCUCAAUUUGGCAAGGCUCUUGUUAUCAAGAACGGUCGUCACCCAAUUCUGGAUCAGACCCUCCCUUCUGGCACCUGUGUUCCCAAUGACGUAUAUGCGGCAGAUGGCCCUGCCAACUUCCAGCUCAUCCAAGGUCCCAACAUGUCGGGCAAGAGCACAUAUCUCCGCCAGAUCGGCCUCUUGACUGUCCAGGCAAUGGUCGGCUGCUUUGUCCCCGCCGAGUAUGCCCAAUUCAAGCUCCACGACGCGCUCCUGACUCGACUCUCCAAUGAUGACUCGAUCGAAAAGUCGCUCUCAACCUUCGCGGCGGAGAUGGCGACCUCGGCAAUGAUUCUAGGCCUGGCAACUGACCGCUCGCUGGUUCUGAUCGACGAGCUUGGACGUGGUACUGCCCCCAUUGAAGGCGUAGGCCUCUCGCAGGCCAUCGCCGAGGCACUUAUUAGGGCCAAGUCGUUCGUCUUCUUUGCCACGCACUUCCAGGAGCUCGCCCAGACUCUUUGCAUCUUUCCGGGUGUUCAAACACUUCAUCUCCAGGUGCAGAGCAACAGCCACAUGGGAUCCUCCGGCUCGUUCAGCUCUGUCUUCCACUACAAGGUCGUCCAGGGAUCUUGCAAGGAGGAGCACUACGGUCUGGAGCUCGCCAAGCUCGCGUCUCUGCCCACGGAAGUGACCGACAAGGCCUGGGAGGUCGCCACAAAGCUCACUGACCUGGAGGAGAAGGGCCGUAACGCCAGUCUCGCCAAUGCGGAGGCCAUGCGGCGCAAGGUCAUCAUCGAGCUCCGUGGCAAGCUGCAGCAGGUCCUUGAAUCUUCGCAGUCUGACCCGUCGGUCGUCGACUACCUCCGCAAGCUCCAGGAGGACCUCUUCAACUCGAUGCAGACGGUUCUCGAGUUCAGACAGGAAUCGGCCGCGAGCGAUGACACCGAAGUCGCCACAAGCAGAUAG